UUGUCAUGACAACAGACCAUCGCUUCGUGCAGCAGUCAGUUUCUCAACCGGUCAUAGCUUCAAAAAUUGUAAAAUUUUUAUUUCAACUCGAAAAACCUUUAGGCUCCUUCGACGUACACAAAAUUUCUCCGCCAAAGUUUGUAUACAGUUCACUGUCAAUUCGAUUUGUCUAGAUCUACAGAUCGUAUCAGAUCGCACGUAUUCAGAAAACGCUCAUCCAUCAUUAAUUACUCCAGUUUAUUUACAUUUCUUUUUUGGAUAACAGCUGCCAAAUAAGCGUUACAAUAAUUGUCUCUUGACUUUUAAAAAAAGCCUAAUUUAUCUACUGCCUUAGGUGUGCAUUUUGGACAGCAAUCAAGCGAAUUUUUUUCCUUAAAUGUUGAAAUGUCGAAGAAAAGGUUGCUUUGGUUGCUGGUCGUAAUCUCUGGACGCUUUGCAUACCAAGGUUGAAACCUGAUAAGCAGGUUUUAGAGGAGCGCGCGAGAAAGUCGCGCCAACAAUACAAAAGUGCGAAAUUUAUUCAAAGCCGCGCGUUUACGUUCGAAAUGGCGAAGAGCGUCAGGUCUCUGAGAUCAAAACUUCUUUUUAACGGAGGAUCGCCAAAUAGUAUUCGUUCGUUAGUAUUCUUAACAAGAAGCAGUAGUCAUAGUGUCGCUGAGGUUUCAACAACAGCGACAAUUUCUCCCGAGAGGGAUCAAAUCGCCGCUAGUUCGGAGCAACCGCUCCGUAGUCUCAGCUUCAACGACGGGAGAAAUGCGUUCCGAUCCAAAACGACUUGGGAAAUAAUUCGAGCAUUAGCCAUCUUUAGACUAUGCUCCUUCGACUUUCUGGUGAACAGAAACAAAGAGCUGCUUCAUCUUGGCCAAAAAGUUCUCGGCAAGCAUUUGUUCAGAAGGUUACUGAAAGCUUCUUUCUAUGGCCAUUUUGUGGCCGGCGAAGAUCAGGAGGCAAUCAAGCCAGUCAUCUCAAAUUUGGAAAAGUUCGGAGUUGGUGCAAUUUUGGAUUAUUCUGUAGAGGAAGACUUAUCGGAAAAUGAAACCAAAGGCCAGAUGGGCAACAAUCCUGAUGAGUCAUUAGACCCAGCUGAUGAACAUGCGCAGUACAAACCACAUGUAGAGUUUGCCGACAGAAGGAAAGGAGUCUACAGUGCUAGGACAUAUUUCUAUGAAGGCGAAGAGGAGUGUGACACGAGACUUAACACAUUUCUGAAAUGUAUUGAUGCAGCAGGAGGUGCAUCCAAGGAUGGCUUUGCUGCCAUCAAGGUGACAGCCUUGGGAAGGCCGCAGAUACUUAUGAGAAUCUCAGAAAUCCUCAACCAGACACAAUAUUUCUUUGACCACUUGGCCUCUGAUUCUGUUACGAUGGACAAGAUUGGAAACAGUGUUGCCAGAGACAAGUUCUUUGAAGGCCUGGAAAGGCUUGGGGUUGAGAUGAGCCCAGAAGAAGCCAACAGAAUAUUUGACUUGAUUGACACCAACAAAUCAGGUGAUAUUGAUGUCAUAGAAUGGCAUGAAUUCCUCACACCACAGCUGAAGCUGUCACAGCUAUUCAAGGCUAAGCCAAAGGGAGAUGUAAGUUUGCCUGCUUAUGAAUUCUCUUCCAGUAUCUGGAAAACUAUAGGCAAGCAUUGCGUUCACAAAGCUCUGUGCCUGCAAGUACCUUCACAGGACACCUACUCCAAAAUCCAGACAGACAUGGAACUGGCAAGACGGGAAGGUUACAUGUUUGGUGCCAAGCUAGUCAGAGGUGCCUACAUGGAACAAGAACGACUGAGGGCAAGCACUUUGGGCUACACUGAUCCAAUCCACCCAAGCUACAAGGCAACAAGUAAAUGUUUUGAUGAAGUUUUAAAUGCUGUGUUGGAGGAAACAAAGAGAGGAAAUGCUAAUGUUCUUGUCGCAACUCACAAUGAGAACUCCAUCCAGGUUGCCAUCAAGAGGAUGCACGAAUUGGGAAUUUCACCGCAGGAAAGGAAAGUUUUCUUUGGACAGCUUUUGGGAAUGUCUGAUGCAAUCUCAUUUACACUUGGUAAUAAGGGAUAUGCUGUGUACAAGUAUGUUCCAUUUGGACCAGUGGACGAGGUACUACCCUAUCUCUCAAGACGAGCCAUGGAAAACAAGGGUCUUCUUAAGGGAGUACUCAAAGAGAGGGGUCUUCUGUGGGGAGAGCUGAGAAGGAGGUUCCAAGAAGGAGAGCUCAAAUAUGACCCAACUUUGGUACAAGUUGGUUCUACAUAGAGUGGUGCUGACAUUAUUAUGCUGUUACACCAGGUGCUUUCAGCAACUGUUUUUCUUUCCGUGAACAGAGCACUACUGUACCAUUCAUUCACAUGGUAACAGUGGUUUGAAAGCCUUCAAGUAUUGCUAAUGCGGAGCAGUUUUGAGAGGCAGUGCGACAAGUCUUUGUUCAUGCGAAGUUUGCUGCAUAUUGAAUGAUUAUUACAAUUUUGUGAGAAGACUGUCUUAGUUCUUCAAAAAUGAACGUGUCUGAAUGUGUGCCACAUACUCUUACAGGUAUUUGGGGAGUGCAAAUAGUAAUAUGAUUGAAUGUACAUCAAUUUGUAUAAAAUUAUUGGUUUAAUUUUAACAUCAGUUGAGGAAUACUUUAAUUCAUGGCUGAAUUUUAAAACCCCCCAUUUCACUUGUCGUAUCAAUGCUCAAUACUACUUAGUAAUAAAGAACAAAAUAAUUUGGAACACAGAUUCAACAUUGAUGUGAACAAUUUGGUUUCACAGUGAGGGAAUAUUUUUUUUUACAAUAGCUGUACAUGUCAACCCAGAAAUGAAGUUUAUUUUGCAUACAAAGCAAUUAUCCUAUAGGUAUGGGACACUGGGGGAAAUAACUCAUUUGUGAGGACUGUAGAAAUUUUUUGGAGCCAGGUAAAUAAUUUCAUUUUUCUGUGGAGUUGUGCACAAGGGUGUGAAAUUCUUAUGUAUUUAUUAUAAUUAUGGAGAUUAAGGGUAUCUUUUAUAUUUAUUUCAUACAAAUUUGCAAGUUUGCAAUUGAAGGAUUGAAAUGCUACUUAUUAAUUCCCCUUUUCCUCCUGAUCCUUCAAUGAAUGAACAAGUUCAUAGCUGGUAGUGAAACAUAUAGUGUUAGUAAUAUGAUCGCUUGGUUUCAAACAGGGUUAUUUGUUAGCAAACCUAGGGUAAAGGUCAAUAAUUCAAGUUGAACUUCUUUUUUCCUUUGUGAAGGGGAUUUCACUUUUAAUUCAUUGUGGGGGGAAAAAAUGAAUUUUUGUAUCAAAGCAUCAAUAAUUUGCAUUUUUCCUGGAAAUAAUAUUAACCUGAUUUUCGAUUAAUUUAGUCUUUUAAGUCAAUAAUGUGUAUAGGAUGAAUUCUAUAAUGUUAGGUAUCCACUUAUUAUUAGGUAAAAUGAAUUGUAAAAUAGGUGUUGCUGGCAACAGGCUGAUUGAAUAAAUGUUAACACUAUGUA